AAGCUUCGUCUGUAGAUAAGCAUAUGUGUGUAAGUUCGUUCCGUUUGGAUUUCCGAAGUUCGAUAAAUACACAUACCUGCCCAAACCGGAAGUUGUCAAAGUAGGGGCUCCAUAAAAAAAGAAAGAAAAUUAUUUGGAACCGAGAAGUGACUUAGUUAACUGCAGCAAGGAGGAUUUACGACAUACAAGAUGCCUAAUUGUAUUGUAAUUACAGCGAUAGUAUGUGUGUUGGUCACAACAGUUGCUACAAUUGUGUCUUUUUCACUUCCAAACUGGCUACAUUUUCGAAAUCUCGGUGACGCACUGUGUGGAUGCUCGUCCAAGGAUUGCCAUUGUGGCUUGUGGAUAAACUGCAGGGGAGGUUUUGAUGCCAGUUCGUCGUUAGCAAAUUGUGAAUGGUUCUUCUCCGACGAUUUUCACAUCGAAAAAAGUUUACCAGAUUGGUUCAAGGCUGUCCAGGGUUUGAUGUCAUGUGCCGUCGCCAGCUCAAUGUUGUCCCUUUUGAUUGGUUUGUUCUCCCUCUGUUGGACUUGUAAAGGUUGUAAUCCUCAUCAGGCCACCGGCGCCUUCGCUAACCUCACCUUCCUGUUGCUGGCUGUCGCUGUGUGCGUGUUCGGAACCAAAGCUUACCUGGACAAACAGGCCAUCGUGAUGGAGUCCCAGACCACUAGUACGGAGAUGCUUUUGUUCGGCUGGAGUUUCUGGGUCGCUGUAGGAGCCACAGGGAUGGCACUAAUAUCUAGCAUACUGUACUUUUGUGUAGGACGAAGUGACUACGUGUAUUGAUGCUAAUAACAAAAGAUCCUUACGUUGGACUAAUUUUGUUGGUCCAAUUUUCACCACCGUUCUUUGUACAGGACUUUUGCCAAAAUACUUACUUUUUUUUUCCUUUUAAUGAAAUAUUUUUGUUUGUUUUUUCGAACAGGUUAGCUAAUUACAAUCACAUGUAAAAAUAAUUGACACAAAUUGCACUUUCAGUCAUUUGCAUGAGUUUUAUAUUAUGAAAUAUCAAAAUUUGACUUAAAAACAAAGUGCAGUUUUCACUGCUACAUUGGUAAUUGAUAAAUUGAUUGUCUUGGGUUUUUUUUUAACUCGUUCAAAUUUGACGAUUUUGUUUUGUAUCAUGACUGAAUUUUGAUUGGUGUUAAUUUUUUUUGUCAUAUUAUAUUACUUUUAUUAACAAAAAUAAUCCUAAAGAUUGUAAAGUAAUCCUUUCAUGACAGUAUGACAAUUUUAGGGAAGAAAAAUGCCGAUUACAAAGAAAGUACCGUUUGACUUUCAUUGCCAGUCAUCAAAUUAAAAUGGUCAUUAGUUACAAUAUGCUACAUGUAGCAUUUGUACCUACAGAUAGCGUUUGUAGCUACAGGUAACAUUUGUAAUUAAAGGUAGCAUUUGUAUCUACAGGUAGCAUUUGUAGCUACAGGUAGCAUUUGUAUAUAGACUUUCUUUUCUAUGUGUACAGUAUAUCAAAUUUGUUUGAAACAUAAUUUUUGAUACAUUUGUAUUUUUUCAAUACAGAUGAUGGUCCUUUCUUACCUCUUUGUAAUUUCUGCUUUGAUACUGAGACUAAAAUAUACCUAUUGUUGACAAUUUUUUUUAUCCAAGUUGUGAUUUACAAGGGUUGUGUGAGAAGGUAACCCUGAUGCCUGAAGCUAAAAAUACAAAAUUAAGUGUCUUCCUGGUUUUAACAAGGCAGCAUCAGAGUUACUUCCCUUUCAUUCAGACAAAAAUCUUUUCAUAUUUAGGGAGGUAUUUGAAUGUUUCUAAACAAAGUUUAUAUUUAUCCAUUGUAUAUAUUUUGUAUAUAUUUAUAAAAAGUGAUGAUAUCUUUAUAGUUCCAGUAAAAAUAUAUAUUUGCAUAUUAACAAUUUAUUGCUACAAGAACAAUGGAAAUCAACCAAGCCAAUUGUACCUUUCAUAAAAAAAAUUAAGAUUUUUUUACAUCAAUUUUCAGCAUUAUCAGUGAAAUUUACCAAAUUUAUAUGAUGUCAGUUAUAUGUCAUAUUUGUUUUAGAAUCGUGUGCAGAACUGGAGUAUUUUUGUCAUAAGCUAUGAGAAUUAUUUUGAAUGUUGUUAAGAAUAUUUUUUUUCGUGAUAAUUGAAAAUAUUUUUUUUUUUAAUUUUUAUGUAAACCUGUCUUCAAGAUAUUGAAGUGUUUGGCUUGGUUGGUCACCUAGCGGGAUCGUGCACAGAGCGAGUUCCAGCCAGGGGAGAUAACUCUCCCUUGAUUUGUAUAUAGAUAUGUAUGUAUAAUUAUCUAGUCAUUCAUUCCUCGUGUGAUUUGACAGCGGAGGUUGUAAUGUGCUGUGGCUCCAUCAUGUCGACAGAAAAUUUUACUGGACAUUUAUACCAUUGUCAUAACAAUGCCUGGUAAAAAAAAGGAAAAGAAAAAAAGACUAAAAAAGUCAUUGUAUCGAGUCCCUUAUAUUUACCUCGUACACAUUUUUGCUGAAAUUAUAUUUGAAUUUUUCCUGAUAUGGAGGUUCAUAUACAGGUUGCUGUGUGAUAUGGAAUUUAUUUAAUGAGUUCAAUAAUCUGAGGCAUUUGACUUAUAAAAUAAUGAACAAGUUGAGUAAAUUACAUAUUAUACAGCCAGGAGUGUAAGGUUCUGUUUAUCAUAUAACUUACAUUUUUGAGAAAGUAAAUAAAAACUAUCAAUUUUUUUUUUUUAUAAGAAAAGAUGAAUUUUGAUUCGGUUGAUAGGUUUUUCUCUACAGAGAAGUCAUGUAACAUCACAGAUUCAUUGUGAUGUCAUAAAGUACUUGUGACACCACAGAUUCAUUGUGAUGUCAUAAAGUACUUGUGACAUCACAGAUUCAUUGUGAUGUCAUAAAGUACUUGUGACACCACAGAUUCAUUGUGAUGUCAUAAAGUACUUGUGACACCACAGAUUCAUUGUGAUGUCAUAAAGUACUUGUGACACCACAGAUUCAUUGUGAUGUCAUAAAGUACUUGUGACACCACAGAUUCAUUGUGAUGUCAUAAAGUACUUGUGACACCACAGAUUCAUUGUGAUGUCAUAAAGUACUUGUGACACCACAGAUUCAUUGUGAUGUCAUAAAGUACUUGUGACACCACAGAUUCAUUGUGAUGUCAUAAAGUACUUGUGACACCACAGAUUCAUUGUGAUGUCAUAAAGUACUUGUGACACCACAGAUUCAUUGUGAUGUCAUAAAGUACUUGUGACACCACAGAUUCAUUGUGAUGUCAUAAAGUACUUGUGACACCACAGAUUCAUUGUGAUGUCAUAAAGUACUUGUGACAUCACAAAAAGUGUCACACAUAUGAUAUUUAUGACAUGGCCCUAUGAGAUGGUAGAAUGGGUCAGUUAUGUGAUUAAGCUUCUUAAUUAAUUUAUUAAGGGGAAGUAAUUCAUUGACUUUUAUCUUCCAUGAUGAGAACUCAAUGCAAGGAUAGCAUACUGGAAGACUGAAGUGACCUUUUAACACAAUAUAUAGAUACCUAUAACCCUGUACCUUCUCUCUCAUCAUAAAAACUCCAUUGAAAAAAAACAAAAAAACCCAGAACCAAUCAAUCUUUUAAAAAUUUGUUAAAGUCUUCUUAAAAAUGAUUUUUGCAAGAAUAAAUUUUAAACAAAACGAGGAGAAUUUCAGUGUCAGUAUAUGCCCAUUCAAAUCCAACUUGCCCCAAACAAUUAGUUUGUUAAUAAUCAGAAUAUUAGUAGAUUAUUUGCGAGCAUUGACAAUAGUCGUACAGUAUACCUUGUUAUUGACAGUGGUGUAAAUGUGAUUGGAUUGUAAAUGUCGAGUGCUCUGGGUCGGGUACGAAGUAUAUUUGUCUCAUUUCAUUAUUUUUUCUCUCUUCUAGUCACAGUUUUAUUUCCUUAAAGAGUUAUCCCCCUUUCCAAAUUUUAAUUAAAUUUCUGAAUUAUAAAAAAGCCUGUCUGUCCAUGAUAUGAAAGGAGAUGAGGCCAAGGGUUACAGAAAAUUUUACGAAUUUCAUGCAAAACAGAGCACAUAUUUAUAGUGUAUUGGAAUUCGUGAAAUUUGGUCAGGACAUGAGGGGGAAAAAAAAUCAAUAUUUUUGAAAACAAUAUUAUAAAAGUGAUAUUUCACAUAACAAUUUGAUGAAAUUUACAUUUCGUUUUCCUUUGAUGUAUCAUAAUUUUGAAAAACCAAGGGCAGAUAACUCAUUGGGGAAAUAUUUUUCAACUGUUAGAGUGCACAAGUGUAUAAUAAGAUGUAUGUAUCAACCACUUGAUUUCAGGAAUUAUGUAACUUAUUCAAGGGUAUUCUAAAUAUAUUUCUUAUAAGAAAGGAUUUAGUUUGAAAAUUACAUGUAUCAAAAUACCAUUGGUGUUUUUCAGGUGAAAUGUUAUCGUAAAUUAUCAAAAUCUUUAAUAUUUUUAUGAUCUUAAAAUUCAUAUGAUUAAUUUUUUUCAGUAAUCUGACUUUACGAAUCAUUUCAUUUAUCUUUGAUUUUGACAAAAAUGUCAUGAUUUUCACAAGGCUAUCAUUGUUUUUUUUUGCUUUUGCUUGUUUCAAAAUGCAUUUUUCAUAUAGUGUUGUGUAUCUGGUUUAGUGAAUCUUUUGUAUGUAUGCUUCAUUAAUGAUUAUUUCAGAAUUCAAUAUUAAUUAUAUUUUUUGUAAUGGUGGUAGAAUCAUGUGACUAUGUCCUUUGAUAUUUUGAUAUGGCUAUUCAUUGCCUGUAAUAAGUUUAUCCUUGUGAAAAAUUCCUUUUAAAACUCCACAUGAUAAUUGGUUAAUUAGUGUCCAUGGGUAUUUUUCACAGAAAUUAAUAUGAAUUCUGAUUUUCGAAAUUUUGAUCGUGACUUGGUGAUUGAUGAAUUAAUUAACAAUGUGCCGUAGAGUUGCGUGUAAAAACAUUUUGCCAAUCGCUUGUUUCAAUUGUUCGUCUCCGUGCCAUAUUUCCCCUGAUGUGGUUUUUAUGAAAUUUUGUAAAAACUCAUCCCAUGGGUUUGCAGAUUCUCUUACCGAAUUUCAUACUUGAUCGGUCUCGAUUCAGACACCGAUAUGUAUAAGGUUGCAGAUUUUCUUACCGAAUUCAUACCUGGCUGGCUCCGAUAUUCAUUAUAGGGGCUAGUCCUCUGUUAUUAGAUUGCCUAAGACUUUUACAAUGCUAUCCGAUAGUAGGCUUGUGUUUGUAUGAGUUUAGCACUUGCAUGUUCAAUGUAUUGGUAUUACUAUUUUGCUGAUUAUAAUUUUUUCGCCAUUUGUCAAAUUUGAUUGUCAUGGUGUUAAUGUUACAAACUGUUGUGAUUCAUUUAUCUUCUCAAUAAUAUUUGAAAUAAUUUUCAAAUUUUAAUAAUGAAAACGACAUUCAUAAUCAAAAUAAUCAGAAUUAUUAGACAAAUUGACAAACAUUUUCCUCUCACCGAUCGUUGUUUAUCACUGUCAGAAGGAUGUUUUUUCAGCUACUUUUAGAUUUAAUAAUAUUUUCAUAGAUUUUUUUUUUUUGGUAUUUAUGUUGUAGUUGAAGAUGUUUUUUAUAAAGUUACAUUGCUAACUUAGCCACACAGCAUUAUAUAUCAUCAGUAAUUAAUCUCUUAAUUAGAUUGUUGUUAAUGAGGUAGAAUAGAAUAAAUUUGGCUUGAAGUGUGAUGAUUUAUAUUUUCUCUAAAAAUAUCAGGAAAUAAUUUCAAAUUCAAUGGACAUCAAAUAAAAUCAAAUUUUAGCUUUAAAAUCCGCAGAACAUUUGAGAUAUUUUCUUAAAACUUACCAUUAUGUAUAAGAUUAUACUGAUAUUUAGAAAAUACAAUUAUGUAUAUAGAAAACAAUAUUUUUUAUUACUUUUGGUUUAAUUAAUGCUUUGAUAAAUAGUUUUGAAUGAUCAAUCAUUAAAAUAUUUGAGGCAAUAAAUUAUUAUUUAAAAAACUUUAUGAAAAGAGUUCUAAUGCUAGAACUUUUCUUCAAAGCUAGUGUUUAACUCCUUAUAUACAUUUUUUUUCGGGUUAAAAUGUCAUCGUUGCAUUGAUAGAUUUACAUUGAUAUUGUUUCUGAACAAAUAUUUAAAUGACUUUAUUUUUGUGGUUGUGCAUGUGCAAUAUUCUCACGUAUUUAUGAUAUUAACUUACAAAGAUAUACUGAGUUACGUUCUUGCGAAAAGGUGUAACGGUUUUUGUAAAAAUAAGAAAGGAGAUGUUGGCAAGUGAUUUAUAUUACUGUUCACGCUGUUUGUGAAUGUAAACUUAACCUACUUAGUUUAUAAAAAUGUAGGCCAGUGAUUUCCUACCGCUUAAGGACCCCCUUCUCAAAUUUGCUUGAAUUAAAGGAGAUCAAAGAAAAUAUUUCUCAAAUAUAUUCAUAUUAGAGUAUGUAUGCAUAUGUGUUGAAAAAAACCAUUAACAGAGGUAAAUUAUAUCUCUCAACUAUAAAAAAAAAUCUCAGUUGGAAAGACACUUAAAAAUGUUCAAUCCCAGCUGUGAGAUAGGGAUUUUAUAAAGCAAAAUAGCUAUUGAAUAGCUGAAUUCCUUAGUUUGAGGAAUUUCGAAAAAUGAUGACGGCAUAUGUUUUGUAUGAGAAAUGGUUUCACUGUGUAUAUAGUUCAGACAGUGAUGUUUUAUCAAAAUUACAUAAUGUACUAUAAUUAGCUUCAUGUAAUCGAUCAUUAUCACAUCAGGUUCAUAAUUUUUUUUUCUAUUAUCUGGUCAUUAGAUAUGGAAAGAUUAAAAAAGAUUGUCAGUAGCUAUCUUAAUUUUCUGUAAUACAAAUAAGGGAAUGAACUACUUUUAGAUUUAUCAUUUAUGAAAUGUUGAAUUUACAACUGAACAAGUCUUUAAAAUCGAAUUUAGAUUUAGAUUGAAGAGAAAAAUAUAUGCAAAAAAAACCCAUUUAGGAUAAUUAUGGAAUAUUUGUUUAUAUGUAUGCUCAUGUUAUAUUUAAGUCAAAUGUUAUAUUUAAGUGAUUUUUAAUGACAUCAAUUAAUUUUUGAUUGCGUUAGAGGAGUCAGAAUUUCAUUGCUUUGAUAUGCAUAUCAUUAAAUUAUACAUAUAUAAUUAUAAAAUUCACCACCGCACAUAUCACACAUGCUUUCGUAUAAACAUUGGUGCAAUUCAUUUAUAAUACUAACAUUUAAAAUCUGGUGUUUCUACUUAUGUAAUUGUUUUGACACCUUUGAUGCUUGGAACUAGGAGAAUCUGUUACUAAAUACGAUUUUAUUCAUCAUGGAAUUACUAAUAUGAGGAAUUUCAGCAAAAUAAUAGGAACUUCAUGAAUUCGUUCCAAAAUUUUAGCAAUAAAAUAUUUUUGAAUGCUAUUUUCUUUAAUAAACUAUCAUUUAAAUCUUUUUGAUAAUACCAUAGAUAUAUUUUUAGCAGAAUUCAUCUCAAGUAUGCUCUAUUUAUUACAAGUUCUUAAUAUGUUUGGAGCCUUUUUGAACCAACGAUCAUGAGUUUCGUCCAUUGUAGGCCACCAUUGGCAGCUCUAAUGCAAAAAGAUCCAACAAAGGAUAAUACAACCGAGCCGGUCAAUGAUUCAUAUUGAUGGUUUUGUAUACAACAGCUCGAUAGCGUGUAAACUGAUAUAAACAUGGAUUGUAUAGUUUUGUAGACUUUGUAAUAAAGGUUUCUUGGUAGAA